AUGGAUCCUGUUGUCUGCUUGUCAUUUUUCCACGCUUCCACUCUGCCAGUCACUCCUCUUGCAUUGUGCUUCAAGAUGUCUAUCCGAGCUGUUCGGGAACCGGCCAACGCCAAAGUUGACACCCGCAGUAUCGUGUUUGUCCACGGCUUGCAUGGCGACCGAGCACCGUGGACGUCCGAGGCGGAUGUCUUCUGGCCCGACAAGCUCCUCCCGGCUAAAGUUCCCGACGCAUGCAUCCUCUCCUUCGAGUAUCAAGCGGCUAUCGGUUCUUUCUUUGACGAGGACGACGAAAUCACUGACAUCUCCAACGAUCUGAUCAACGAGCUGAUGGACCAUCGAACUGAGAAACAAAAGGAAGAAAGACCGAUUAUUUUCGUCGCACAUUGUCUCGGUGGCACUGUUCUGGAGAAUGCGCUAGUCCGAGCUGCAGAACAUCCCAGGAAAAGGGAGCUCAUCGGCUAUAUCCACGGUAUAUUACUGCUAGGGACGCCACAUUUCCGAACGGGAUCGCUGGCGGCAGUCACAAAGUAUUUCCAAAUGGCUCAGGCGGAGAUCCCGAUGGAGUCGGACCUGAAAGACCGGUUAGAUCGGCUCAGCGGCAUCCCCCUGGCCUUUGCCGGUCUCAAGCAAGCAGGCGCUGAGUUCGAGGUGGAGGCCUUCUAUGCCGGAGCCGGCACCACGCUGGGCGGCAAGGACGUGAAGAUCGUGGAUGAGGCGUUGGCCCGAAGCCCGGAGGCUCCGCCCCCUGAGCGGCUGGCGCGCAAUCAGCUACAAUUGAGCCAGUAUGACAGCGAGGAUCACAAGGACUUCAAGAAGGUGUCUCGGGCUCUUACCCAAUGGGCGUCCAAGAUUGUUCUUCCGGAGGAGGACAAAGGGGCGCAGAAUGUGUCGAAUGCAACAUUUUCGGGUUCCCACAAUUCCGGUUUGCAGCUGGGGCAGAAUGUAGGCACCCUCAAGGGGUUCAGCUUCGGAAGAGUGAUCUUUGGUCGGCCAGAUCAGCCACAGAAACGCACGAUCUUUGACGGCCUGCGGCGUACUCAUGUCCCUCGCCGUCGGAUGGGCUCAAGUAUGUUCCGCGCGAAGCCACGGACGCUCUGGCAGAAGGCCCAGAUUGAGUCCCAAAGCUCUUGGCCAGAAAGACCAUCCAACCCGAAAAGACCGAAAUAG